UUUUUUUGGAAAACUACCAAGUUUUAAUGUUUUAAAAUUUGCAUUGUUUAAGAUCUAAUUUUGGUAAUUUGCAUUUAACUCGCCCGAUCCCCAUAGCAACUCCAAUCAAAAGCUUCAUUCGAUGUCAUUUUGAUCAGCAGAAGAGGAGCCUCAAUCUGUUUCCUCUUCUUCUUCUUUUGUUUUUUUUCUGGGUUAAUUGUUUUACGUUAUUUCAAAAUCUAUGAAAUUGAAGGAUGGGAUUCUUUCUUGGUAUUUUCUUUGGAGCUGCAUUGGGCUUCGGAAUCAUAGUUUGUUUUGCAAGAUAUCAGACAAUCAGAUCCCUUAAAAGAAUAGAUUUGGCCACAACCGUUGCUGCAUUUGCCAGAAUGACAGUUCAAGAUUCAAGGAAAAUCCUUCCAGCUGAAGCAUACCCUUCCUGGGUUGUCUUUUCACAUAGGCAAAAACUAAAUUGGCUCAAUCGCGUUCUUGAGAAACUAUGGCCAUAUGUUGAUCAGUGUAGGCAGCAUCAGAAGUAAUUAGGAACUCAGUUGAGCCAAUUCUUGAGCAGUACCGGCCAUCUAUCUUAGCUGCUAUGAAGUUUUCAAAGUUGACAUUAGGUACUGUUGCUCCCCAGUUCACAGGUGUUACUAUUGUUGAAAGCGGUCCUAAAGAAAUCGUUAUGGAGCUGGAGAUGCAAUGGGAUGGAAAUCCCAAUAUUGUGCUUGAUAUAAAGACUUUACUUGGCGUUGCACUGCCUAUACAAGUAAAAAACAUUGGAUUUACGGGUCUUUUUAGAAUAAUAUUCAAACCACUUGUUGAUGAUUUUCCUUGCUUUGGAGCUAUUUGUUUCUCCUUAAGGGAAAAGAGAAAUUUGGAUUUCACUCUAAAAGUUAUUGGUGGUGAUAUCGCAUCACUUCCCGGAGUAUCUGAUGCAAUAGAGAGUACAAUACGGGAUGCCAUUGAAGACUCUAUUACUUGGCCAGUCCGUAUCAUCAUACCCAUAAUCCCAGGAGACUAUAGUGAUUUGGACUUGAAGCCUGUUGGAUUGUUAGAAGUGAAGCUCAUCCAAGCCAAAGAGUUAACAAACAAAGAUAUAAUCGGGAAAUCUGAUCCAUUCGCAGAGGUGUUCAUCCGCCCACUACGUGCCAGAAUGAAGAACAGCAAAGUUAUUAAUAACUCAUUGAAUCCAAUCUGGAAUGAGCAUUUUGAGUUUGAAGUUGAAGAUGUAUCUACUCAACACUUGACGGUUAAGGUAUAUGAUGAUGAGGGGGUUCAGUCUUCGGAAUUUAUUGGUUGUGCUCAGUUUCCAUUGAAAGAGCUUGAGCCCGGGAAAGUGAAAGUUGUUUGGUUGAAACUUGUGAAGGAUUUAGAAUUACAAAGGGACACGAAAAACCGAGGCCAGGUACACUUGGAGUUACUUUAUUGUCCUUACGGGACUGAGAGCAUAUUCAUGAACGCUUUCAAUGCAGAUUUUAGACUGACUUCCUUGGAGAAGGCCCUUAGGCCAGAACCAGACCCUUCUGAACAACUAAACACAAAGUCAAAUGUACAGAAGAAAAGUGACAUCCUCUUUAGAGGGGUACUCACCGUGACAGUUAUAUCUGCUGAAGAGUUGCCCGCUACUGAUCUGUCAGGAAAAUCUGACCCUUUUGUUGUUAUAACAAUGAAAAAAUCCGAACAAAAGAGCAAAACUAGAGUUUUGAACAACACGUUGAAUCCUGUUUGGAACCAGACAUUUGACAUAAUCGUCGAGGAUGGAUUGCGGGAUUUGCUAAUAUUGGAAGUUUGGGACCAUGACACCUUUGGGAAGGAUAAAAUUGGCCGAUGUAUAAUGACACUUACAAGAGUUAUAAUGGAAGGAGAAUUUACAGAUUGCUUCCCUGUAGAUGGAACCCAGACUGGAAAACUAAACUUGCAUCUCAAGUGGACGCCCCAACCAAUACUCAGAGAGUUAUGAGCAUAUUAUGAACUUAGUCGCAAUUUUCCUAGUCCCAGUUUAGAGGGACUGAGGUUGUUUCCUCCCUCUUUUAUAGAAA